AUGUCUACUCUAUUUACACAGUCUCUCCAGGCAGCGGAGAUGUUUCCAGAUGUGCCCUUCGAGGCAAUCCAAAAAGCUGUGGAGGAUCACAAGGGUGAUUUGGAAAAAGUAGCAGAAGAGUUAUUAAGCUAUGAGAUGUUGAAGCAUCCAAAAAGAAGCGAACUUGUGCCUUCUGAUCUGACAUUGAAAUCGCCCGAACCGAAGGUCAACCACACGAAGCCAAAUAUAAAGUCUGCCAAAUCUGAUCCUUGUUUAUCUGUCCUGAGCAGCUUACUCUCGUGCUCGUUGGAUCGCGUAAAAGCCAUAUAUCAGAAAACGAAAGACAUCAAGAAAACAGUGCGUGAAAUCAUCCAGCUGGGCUGGAGUCUUACCGAUAGUCAGCUUGCAAGCAAGUAUAGCAAACAGCUGGCUGUGAUAUCUGAGUCAAAACAAACAAAUCCUUAUCUCAACAACAUAGAAAAACGAUUUUAUCUAGACUGUUUGGAGUAUUUUGGGGGUGACGUUCACCGAACCAUCCAACUGGCUACUUGGAUGCUGAACCCUAAUUCUAGCCCCCAGUCGGUGUCUACAUUGAAGCCCCUGCCAUCCACGUCUCCUUCUUCCAUGUCGCUUGGCCGACCGCCCGACCCUCUGCAGGAAAUCAUAGAUGGUGCACUCAAAACAAACAAACUAGAUUUGCAUGGAUUACUAGUUUCCGAAGCCCAACACUGCGUUCAACAGGUUUUAAAAUUCUGGUGGAGAUACGAAAUGGAACAGAGAAUUAUCGAGGGAACCAAUCUGCGCGGAAAAAAGGCAAUAUAUGUGGGUAAUUUGGAUAUCAUCACAGGAAGGGGUUUCCAUAGUAGUGGGGGCGUGCCAAAAUUAAGGAAUUUGGUUCAUCGGAUUCUUAAUUCAGAAAAUUACAUUUUUGAAGACAUUGUUCUAGGAUUCAAGGUCAUGGGCAAAAAAACAUGA